AUGGUUCCAGCACCGCCUGCUGAUACCACAAAUGAUUUCCGCUUCAAAAUUCUCAAUAAUGAGGGCGCUGAUUUUACCAUACAUUGUCGAGAUGGUGAUCUUAAAAUAUCGAAAAGUGCGUUAUUCUUAAGCUCUGAUUACUUUCGCUUUUUGUUCACAGCAAAUGAUGAAGGAUUAAUGUCGAAAGAACAGUCAGUACCCGAUUACAAUCUGGAAUCCGUUCGCAAGGUAUUAGUGUUUAUGAUUACUGGUACAUUUGAGAUGCCAGAGAAUUUAACACCGGAAUUAGCUAAAGAACUAAUUGAUAUAGCAAUGCAUUUUAAACCCUUAAAUCGUGACGCGCUUAGAAAUACUAUUCAUCGUGCCCUCUGUAAAUUGUUAAUACAGAAUUUUUCAAUUUUGGAUAGGAUUGUUCAUUUUUUGGUGUUUGCGCACGAAAUGAAUCUAUCACAGUUGAAAAUAAUGUGUAUGUCAAUUAUCGUUUAUGAACAUUAUAAACGAUUCAAGCAGCAGUAUAAUGAGGAAUCACCGAAUGCGGAUCAUCGAGCGCUUCAUGAACGCUUGCGUCGGAGUGGCUUCUUUUUUACCGUCUCUCCACUGUCACGAAUUGACUCAAUCCGACGACAAUCUCUCAAAUGUCGACGAGUUCUUCGUUAUGGAGCGAAAUCGAAUUUACAUUCAUUCAAGAAUGAUACGAGGUGGAAUGAUGUGGAUUAA